AGACAAAAAAAACGGCAUCCUUACGAUGAAGUGGACAACUGCGAAUGUAAAGCACCCAAACUACACAGCGAAACAUGAACUCUACGUUGGCACUCACACAGGAUCCUUUAAGCAUCUUACGCCAGCAUCGGAGAAGACGCCUCACGGGCAGACUAACCUCUGCCAACUGAGUACGCUGGACAAAGAGUCCCGCGUCACAUCGCUGGCAUUUGGGGACGAUACUCAAACGGAGAUUCUGCUGGGCCGAGCUAAAGGUGCAGUAGAGCUGCAUUACUUAGGAGAAGAAAACACUUCUAGCACAGUUAAUUUUAGCUGUGGUCCCAUCGUCGGCUUGGCGCGGUAUAAUAACAAACUAAUUGCCGGAAUCGGCAACGGAACGAUCCAAAGCUUAGAACCGGACUCUGCAACUGAACCAGUGACCAUAACCGUGGGAACACAGAUCGAUCACCUGCGACAGUGCCAGCAGGCAAGAAGCAUUGUGGCCACCGGUGGCAAGGAACGGCAGAAUAACCUAAAGGUCUACGACUUGAGUGCUGAUGGCAAGCAGAUAUUUACAUCAAAGAAUUUGCCUAAUGACUACCUGCAAUUGGAGGUGCCCGUCUGGGACAGUGAUAUAGGCUUCGUCGAUGGGCCCAGUGUUCUGGCCACCUGCUCUCGGACUGGAUAUGUGCGUCUUUAUGACACACGCAAACAACGCCGCCCCGUGGCGUGCUUUUCCAGCGAAGAACAUGGGAUGAGUUUCGCUGCAUUAGUAGCGCGGGGAAAUUUCAUUUACACUGGAACUACGAUGGGCGCUUUAAAGGCCUACGACACGCGGCGCAUGAAGACUCACGUUCACACGUACAAGGGAUUUACAGGCGGAAUCAGUGAUCUUCAUCUGGACGAAACAGGCCGGUUCUUGAGCUCGGCCUCUUUGGAUCGAUACGUGCGCAUUCAUGACGCUGAUUCCACAGUGCUUCUCUAUCAGUGCUAUGUCAAAUCAAAGGCCACCAAGGUUCUCAUUCGCCGCUUGGAGGACGAAGAAGAAGCGUGCGUUGUCGGUGAAGACGACGGGAAGCCGGUGGUGAAUGAAAGUUUAAAGCAAAAGACGGUCACUAAGUCAACACCUGUGGAUGACGAGUACGAGGACAUGUUUGAACAGAUGCCAGUUGUAGGAAAUAGUGACGACGAUUCUGAAAAGGAGGAGGUGGACAACGAACCAACAAAGAACACAAAACAAAAACGGAAGGCUGCCAAACAAAGUUCCAAAACGAAGAAGAAAAAGUUGUAAUGUGGUUUAUGCUUCUUUAAUAUCAUCUUUGUUAAGUAGCUUAGUAAUAAACAAAAAAGUUAAGCAU